AGUGUAAAAAACCCAGAAAUCCAAACGAUUUCCCUCUCUUCCUUCCUGGUGCAACACCAACAGGUGCAGCAGCAGCCGUGAUCCGGUCAGUUUAUCUCUUUCCACUAGUUCUUCUGCUUUCAACUUUCAAUUGUUUAUGAAUCGAAAUGGAACAUGGAGCCAAAACCCAAACCCUCCAACUCCUCAAUCACUUGCCAGUUACUCUUGUUUCUUAGUUCUUAAGAUAUAUUUACAUGUAGUUUGGAUUGCUUUGUUUAGUACUGCACUGAGCUGAGUUUCUGAGUAAUUCUCAAAUGGAUAUUCAUUCUGUAAAUGUUGUUGAGUUUGAUGACGAGUCCACCGCCCUUGACUUGGAAAACCCACUUCCUUUUGAUGAUCAUAGCCAUGUAGCUCGACCUGUUCCCGCCUCGGCCGACCCCAAUCUCGAGCCCUUUGAGGGUAUGGGAUUCGAUUCCGAGCAGUCUGCUCGUGUUUUCUACAAUUCAUAUGCUCGCCGGAUGGGUUUUAGCACUCGGGUUAGUGUCUACCAGCGCUCGCGCCGUGACGGGUCGAUCAUAUGCCGCCAAAUCGUUUGCUCCCGUGAGGGAUUUCGUAGAGCAUCCGGUCAGAAUAGGUCCAAGCGCCAGCGGACCGUCACUCGGGUUGGUUGUAGGGCACAAAUUACCGUCAAGAAGCAGUCUGCUGGGAAAUGGGUUGUGUCGAAAUUUGUUAAAGACCAUAACCAUGAGCUUGUGCCGCCAGAAAAAGUGCAUUGUCUUCGUUCACACAGGCAUGUCUCUGGACCUGCUCGCAGCCUCAUUGAUACCCUUCAAGCUGCUGGGAUGGGUCCGAGUGGAGUGAUGUCUGUGUUGAUUAAGGAAUCUGGUGGAAUCAAUAAUGUUGGAUUUACUAAAGUUGAUUGCCAGAAUUAUAUGAGUAGUAGUCGGCAGAGGACUCUUGGGAGCGGAGGCCAGGUUGUUUUCGACUACUUGAAGCGAAUGCAAAAUGAGGAUCCUUCUUUCUUUUGUGCAGUUCAAGGUGAUUUUGAUAACCCCACGGGAAACAUCUUCUGGGCUGAUGCUCAUUGCAGAGAGAAUUACAAUAAGUUUGGGGACACUGUUACGUUUGAUACGCCGUAUAGAACUAGCUGGUACCGUGUUCCAUUUGCCCCUUUCACUGGCUUGAAUCAUCAUGGACAGCCUGUUUUGUUUGGAUGUGCUUUGCUUCUCAACGAGUCAGAGUCCUCUUUCGUUUGGUUAUUCCAGACUUUGAUGGCUGCAAUGUCAGGCCGACACCCUAUUUCAAUUACGACAGACCAGGACAGGAUCAUAAGAGCAGCUGUUGCACGAGUUUUCCCAGUGACCCGUCACCGGUUUUGUAUGGGGAAUGUGUUUAGAGAAGCUCGGGACAAGCUUGCGGAUGUAUAUCACUCACAUCCCACUUUUGAAGCCGAGUUCCAAAGAUGCAUCAAGUUGACAGAGACGGUGGAUGAAUUCGAAUCACGUUGGGAGUUCCUUCUUCUACAAUACGGUCUUGAAGAUAAUGAAUGGCUGCAGUCAAUGUACAACACUCGAAACCAUUGGGUGCCUGUUUAUCUUCGGAACACAUUCUUUGGGGAGAUGUCCGUAACCCAAGGAACUGAUUCUACAAACUCGUAUUUUGAUGGUUAUAUAAAUGUGUCAACCAAUGCACAGGGUCUUAUUAAACAAUACGAAAAAGCUGUUGCAAGCCGAUAUGAAAAAGAAGUGAAGGCUGAUUGCGAUACAUUAAAUACAUCUCCAGCUUUAAAAACUCCAUCUCCUAUGGAAAAUCAAAUAGCCAACCUUUACACAAAGAAGAUAUUUAUGAAAUUCCAAGAGGAAUUGGUUGAGACUCUUGCUUAUCCUGCAACUGUAAUCGAUGACACGGGAUUAGAAGUAACGUAUCGAGUAACCAAAUUCGGAGAAGACCAGAAAGCACAUUUUGUGAAGUUCAAUGGUUUUAGAAAGAAAGCUAGUUGUAGCUGCCAGAUGUUUGAAUUUUCAGGUAUUAUCUGUAAGCAUGUAUUAGCAGUUUUUAGGGUAACAAAUGUACUGACAUUGCCAUCUCAUUAUAUACUAAAACGGUGGACAAGAAACGCUAAAAGUGGGAUUACAGUUGAUGGUUGUAGCGUAGAAAUAACAAGUAACAGUUUAGAGUCCUAUGCUGCUCGUUACGACAAUUUGUGUCAUGAAGCCAUCAAGUUCGUGGAAGAGGGGACAGUAUCAAUGCAUGCUUGUAACGCCGCCUUCGAUGCCAUUCAUGAGGCUGCAAGGAAAGUUGCUUGUGCAGUAACAAAAAGGCUUCCUUCAAAUUCAGGGCAGCAAAAUCAAUCCGGCUCCAAGGAUCAGGAGAAGAAGAUCGAGGAAUUAAACACAGAGGUGGAACAAGCAAGUCGACUGUGCGAAGGGUAUCGAGCAAAACUCAUGGCUGUUCUGAAAGACAUGGAGGAACAGAAGCUGAAGUUGUCAGUGAAGGCUCAAAAUGUGAGGCUUAUUCUGAAGGACUAAAACCGAAUUAUUAUUAUUUUGAGGGGGUGGGAUGAUGGUUUUUGCAUGUAAACUAACAAA